UCGGUGCCCGCUGUCGUGCCAGAUGACUCGGUGCCCGCUGUCGAGCUUGCUGACCCAGUGCCCGCGGUUCUGCUAGAUGGCUCGGUGCCCGCUGAUGUGCUCGAUGACUCGGUGCCCGCUGACUUGCCCGGUGGCUCGGUGCCCGCGGUCGUGCCAGAUGACUCGGUGCCCGCUGUCGAGCUUGGUGACCCGGUGCCCGCGGUUCUGCUAGAUGGCUCGGUGCCCGCUGACGUGCCCGAUGACUCGAUGCCCGCUGACUUGCCCGAUGACUCGGUGCCCGCUAUCCUGCCAGAUGACUCGGUGCCCGCUGUCCUGACAGAUGACUCGGUGCCCGCUCUCGUGCCUCUGCCCGCUGCGCAGCCUGACGUGCCUCUGCCCGCUGCACAGCCUGACGUGCCGCUGCCCGCUGCGCAGCCCGAUGUGCCUCUGCUUGCUGCACAG